CGAUUUGAAUUUGUGUGGGAUGUUCACGACGAUGUAAAUGCAGGUGGUGGUAUGGAGUAUUGUUGUGUCGUGUAUCAUAUAGGCUGUUUAGCAGCGUUUCAUAAAAACACAAGACCUCCAUCGUCAGUGUUGACAGUGAUCAACAAGGAUUCGAAUGAGAAUAUUACUUCCGUCUGUUGGCAGACGCAUACGAACCAAUUGGUUACUGUUUACAAUACUUACUGGAGCUACAGACCAAAAUCUACAUAUUCACCUCCAAGAGAGUAAAAACUCACUAUUAUUGUACAUGAAGUCAUACAAUGGCUGAGAAUAAAUACAAGAAAAAGGCACAAAGAAAACAGACAAAAGCAAAAAAUAUAUUACUCCGAGAUACUGGAAUCAGUUGUGUAGAUGAGCCUACAAAAUAUGUUAUGGUGGCAAACGCCGGAUUGGUUACUGGUCUACAGCAAGAACAGUUACUGGAGCUCACCUUACCAUAUGGAGGAGUUGAUAGCAUUAUUAUGCUGCCGGGAAAAUCAUACUGCUUUCUAAUUUUUAAGGAUGUACUUCAUGCUUCCAGAGCAUAUGUUUCAAUACAUGGGAAGAUAAAAUUAACACCAAAUGAUUCAGGUCCAUUGUAUCUUGCAUAUGCAGAGAGAGUGCCAGAGUUUUCACAUUCUUGGAAUUAUUAUCAGAAGCCUCCUGGAUUAAUUUUGCUAGAAGAAUUUGUCACUGAAGAUGAAGAAGAGUCACUGUUAAACUGUAUUGAUUGGAAGACAACAGAUUCACAUUUGGGCCAAACCCUUAAGCACAGAAGAGUAAAACACUAUGGUUAUGAGUUUCGGUAUGAUAUAAACAGUGUUGAUAAGGAUUGUCCAUUGUCUGAAAUUAUACCAUCUGAAUGCAACUUUCUGCUGGAUCGACUGAAAGAAAAUAAUGCAAAUGUCCUGUCAUCAUUCCCAACUCAACUUACAGUGAAUCAUUAUCAGCCUGGCCAAGGUAUUCCACCCCAUGUGGAUACACACAGUGCUUUUGAAGAUCCAAUCUUAUCACUGUCACUCGGGUCUUCUAUAGUAAUGGAAUUUAGGCAUCAGAUUGGCCAAAUGAUUCCUGUUCUUUUACCCCGCCGAUCUUUGUUAAUCAUGUCAGAAGAGGCAAGAUAUGCCUGGAGCCAUGGUAUCACGCCACGUAAAACGGAUGUUAUACCAACACAGAGUGGGGAUCUCACGAUUCAGCAACGUGGGGAAAGAACAUCCUUCACAUUUCGUUGCAUCAGAAAAGGAGAGUGUACCUGUGUGUACCAUGAUCAGUGUGAUUCAUAUAAGAAGAAAAAUAGUAUAUCAAAAGUUCAUAUCAUAGAUGAUGUACUAGCAGCACAAUUAGAAUCACUCCAUGUACAUGAGGUAUAUGAAGAGAUUGCUAAUCACUUCAGUCAUACUCGUCAUAAACCUUGGCCAAAUGUGGUAUCAUUUGUGCAGUCUUUACCAUUCGGCUCACUCUUAGUUGAUGUAGGAUGUGGUAAUGGCAAGUACUUUGGGAAGAAGACAGGUAUUUUUGAGAUUGGAUGUGACCAUAGUGUUGGCCUUGCAGAUGUUUGUCGAGAUCGUGGGUUUGAAGUGUUCAAUUGCAACUGCCUGUCAUUGCCACUGAAAUCUGAAAUUGCUGAGGGAUGUCUUAGUAUUGCAGUUCUUCAUCAUCUUGCCACUAAAGAACGAAGAUUACGAGCAGUGGAAGAAAUGGUGAGAAUUCUGUUGCCAGGUGGAAAGGCUCUUAUUUAUGUAUGGGCUAAAGAGCAAGAAAGGUACAAGACACAAUCUAGCUACUUGAAACAGGACAGGAAAAACAGAAAGAAGGUGUGUGAUAGUGAACUAAAACAUGGACAGCAACACAGUGAUGCCAGUAAAUCUAAAGACACAACCUCAAACAAAGCUUCAAGUCAAUUUCCAUCACUUCCUAUCCAUACAAAUAGAACACAGUUCCAGCAUCAGGAUCUUUUAGUACCAUGGAAGCUGAAAGUAGCAGGGAAGGCUGAACUUGAUAAAACAACAGAGGCAUCACAUCUUGAAAGUUCUCAGGAAGUGCCUACAUUUUAUAGAUAUUACCAUGUGUUUCAGGAAGGGGAAUUAGAAUGUCUUUGCAGUUCUGUGAAGGGUGCUAAACCUAUCCAGAGUUAUUAUGACCAAGGAAACUGGUGUAUUGUUCUUGAGAAAAUAUAAAUUCUGUCAGAAUACUCUGGGGGAUGGGUUAAAACAACUGCUCCAGAAGACCUCCAUGAUCAGAAGUCUUUCUUGAGCACAUAAUUGUUCAGCUGCAAGCUCAACUUUCAUUGCUGUCAUUGCAAAAGUCUGCCAUUGGAUUGUAUCCGUAGCCAGUUCACCCCAAUUCACAUCUCACAGCCUAUUUUUGAAACGUGAUAUACAGGAUGAUUCAAAAGGUCAGGGCCAAACUGAAGGAGCGUAUAGAGGGACUCAGAGAGAACAAU